AUGUCUCAUUUGAGAUCUCCACGUUCAAAAGUAUCAUAUAGUAGUAAUAUCCCCUUUUCAAAGGUAGAUGUAUACGAUGAUAAUGGUAGUAUGCCACCUGAUACUAGGGUGCUUACUCCCAUCCAUUGUCAAUUGCCAUCUUUUGUUCAGAGUUGUAUCGUUCAGCAUGCCUCGCAUCAAUACCUCGCAUUGUUUGAACAAAAUAAUAUCUUAGUUCCACUGAUGAGAAGAAGGGUUUCAGAUACUGAUGGAAACAGAGUUCCAUCUUUCGAGAAACUGCUCACGCUCGCAUUGGUUUGCAAAUCAUGGUUUAAAUAUGUUUCAUGUCGAGUCACUCGAUUCAAUGCAGCUUGGAAAGGCGAUUGUAGUCAAUUCGAUAAGUUAGAAAGUCGUCUUAUCCUCCCAACACCGUGGUCACUCUACCACGUUGAUAAUAUUCUCAGACUAACAAUCCAAGAGCGUGGUUGGAACGAUGAACAAAAGUCUGAUGAGGAUAGACUGGACAUCGUGUGUGACUAUAUUGACAAUUUCCCAAAUCUCACAACCAUUGUCAUUCGAACUCAAGUUGGUGAUUGGGUGGUUGCCUUUCUAGCCGAGAGCUAUCCACAUAUCGAUAUUCAUGUCAAAGUUGAUUUUCAUCGUAAAUUCCUCUCCGACUUUGGUGCUGAAGAGAUUACCAUUGACUAUGACUUUUCGAAAUUUAAAAACAUAAAGUCUAUCAAAAUGAAAGUUAAAGACAUGGAGAUGGAAGGUGACAAGAAAAUAGUGACAGAAAACUUUUACAAUGUUGUUAGAUGGUGGCAAACAGAUUCGAUUAAUCUUCGCUUCGAAAAUGUAUGGGGCGACGAGAAUCCCAGAAUGCAUACUAGAUACAACACACUCUUUAGAAUCAAGACACUCAGACACUUGAGAAUUGAUGAUGAUUUAAUAGAACUACGUGAUUUACUUGUUGCCGUCUGCGAAUGUCCACAUAUUGAAUCAUUGGCGGUUGCUAUUUCCUUCUGUCAUCUUGGUGGCAGUGAAGAUGGUCAUGGACUUUGCAAAUGUUAUGGUAUCAACGAGCAUAGUGGUGUCCCCCUGGAAGAUCCAGAGAACUGGAACAGAGUAUGCAAAGCCUGGCUUCCAAUCAAACUAUCAAAAGACUUUCCAUUAGAAAUUGGUGUUACCACUAUGCAAACCAUAGAAAGAUCACCCCAGAAUCUCAACAAGCAUUUGCUCAGAUAUGGGCAUUGA